AUGGUUCGAGGAAUUCGAAGUGUAGGACCAUCGGAAGAAGAGACUCAAGUGAUACGUUUUCUGAACCCACUCACAAUCAUUAGUGGACCAAAUGGUAGCGGAAAAACUACACUUAUCGAAGCGCUAAACUACAUCACCACUGGCGCACUUCCAGCGGGGAAGUUAGCUUCUUUUGUGCAUAGUGUGGAGGCCUCAAGUAAGCCCCGAGUCGAUGGUUUGGUCAAGUUACAGUUUGAAGACUGUAAAGGGCGAACAUGUGUAGCUACAAAACGAGUAAAUGCUGCUCUCACUAAGGGUGGUAAGCUGCAAUGCAAAUCGGAUGAGUUCAACAUACAGGUCACUGCUGCUGACGGUCAAAUAAAAAGCCUUUCUUCAAAGGUGGCCGAUUUUCAGAAGGAGAUUGUGAAUUUGCUUGGAGUUCCUGCUGCUAUAUUAGAUAAUGUUAUUUUUUGUCAUCAGGAAGAAUCAGUUUGGCCGCUCAGUGAGCCUAAAGAACUGAAACUAAGAUUCGAUCGUAUUUUUCAGUUAACCAGAUUCGUAAAAGCAUUGGAGGUUAUGAAAAAGAUGAAGAGAGAUUAUGAAGGAGAAUUGGCAGCUCUCGUUGAAAAGCAGUCCUGUAAAGAAAUGGUUGUCAAGUCGAAGGCGAAAUACACGCAACAACGCGAUUCAAAUGAGCUGCUUCGCAAGGAGUCCAAAGAGAAGAUUCAAGCAUUAGAGAAGAAGAUUAACGAGUGCAACGCUGUUAUUACCAAUGCGAACCAACAGUUGCAGAAGUAUGAAGCAGUAGAGCGGAAAGCAGAGGUCAAACGUGCCGAAUUACAUAUGUUGAAUGAUCAGUUGACAAGAAUAAGGGUCGCUCCAUAUCCUGGCAGCGAAAGUGAACUUCGAGCAGAGAUUAGUGAGAUGGACUCAUCUUCCGAAUUUCGGGAGCUGGAAGCACAACGAGAUCGUCUUAAGACAAAAAUCGAGUCGAUUUCAAAUGAUAUACUAAAGUUGAAGAUGGAGAAGGACGAGGCUGAAUGUCAAAUGCGGAAGCUGAUGAGUUAUGAGAUGGUUCGACGAAACCUUGAAGUGGAAAUGGAAGAGGCAGAACGAAAAUUGAGCACCAUAUACGGAUUAAGCGGAAAGGAUUACGUUGCUGAGCUGCAGAAGAUGAUUGAGUGUGAAGAGAGUGAACUGAAAGAACUGAAGGAGUCUUCUGCGGCUCUACGCGAAGAAAGGCAAGCUCGUCUUGAAGUAGCUCAGAUGGAGUGUUCGAAGUUGGAUUACGAACUGAAUUCGUCUUCUACGGCAAUUGAAUCGUUGACUCGUGAGAUAAAGAAUGUUGAGCAGAAACUGAAAGAUGCAACAGUGUCGAGCAAUGAAGCGGCUGAACUUUCUGAGAAGAUUAACGCCUUAGAAACGAGGAUGUCGGAAAUACCUAAUGUUGAUGAGAGGAGAUCCGAAAGUUUGAGAAAGCAACGACAAAAUUUGCAAAAAGAAGUUGAGGUAUUGCGACAGUGCUGUUCUGAUGCGAUGGAGUCUGAAGAAACUGAACGUGAAGUUCAGAGAAAGAACUCGAAGCGGGAGGAACUUGAGCGUGAACUGGAAGAUCUUAUGCAGAAACAUAAUGAUGCUUUUGUUUCGACAUUUGGGGAGUGUCCAAGUGGUCCGUGGAGCGCUUCAGUGAACGAUUUGGUAAGAUCGAGAGAAGAAUCGAAUCAACAAACUGAAAAUGAGUUAAGAAAAUCCGAGAGAGAUUUGGAUCGUGCUAGCCAGGGUUUGGAACAAACGAGAGCUGAAGAAGAGAAACUAAUCGGUGAAGUGGAGCAAUUACGCAAGAAGAUUGUCGAUCUCUGCGGCUGUUCCUCGCAAGACGUUGCUGAGAACUUGUCCGAAACGCGUCACCUUCUCACGAAAUUGCGUAAGGAGCUCUCUUCACUUAGCACUAAAGCCAUGUUAUACGAGACAUGGAGCGAAGAGACGAAGACCCGCUCUUGCUGUCCACUGUGUGAGCGCAAAUUUUCAAGCAAAGCGGGUGUUAACGAGUUGUCUGGAAAGCUUCUGGACAUGAGUUUGUCAAUGCCGGACGACAUUGAACGGCUUGAAAAGCAAGUCGCGGAAUCUGAAGAGAAGGAACGUCGACUCGCUAGUGCGGUAGUUUACGUGGAUCAGUGCAAAAAGAUCAUGGAAGAAAAAGUUAGACAUGUAAGAAAACAGAUUGCCACUUAUCGCAAGGAAGAAGCGCUUCUUAAUACGAAAGUGGAGCAGUUGAAGGAGGACAUGGAGACGGCAGUGAUUGCUCAUAAGCAACUACUUGAAAUCAAGGUGGAGCCGUUUGAUCACGUGUUGAUAGCGCACCUUACGUUGAAUUUCUAUUUCGGGCGGAUGUAUCUCUGA